CGACGCAGGUGUGUGGCUUGUUAUUUAUGUGGUUAACUGUCUAAAAUGGAGAACGUAAAUCAUCCAUUCUUGUAUAUUUGGUCGAAUGCACAAAUGACGAACCAAACAUCCCCGGUUGAGGAGCAAGAGAAAUUGCUAGAUGAAGCGUUGAAUAUUGUCAAAGUCCAGGCAUUUCAGAUGAAGAGAUGCCUGGACAAAUCCAAGCAGAUGGAUGCUCUCAAGCAUGCAUCCACUAUGCUAGGAGAGCUGAGGACUUCAGUCCUAUCACCUAAGAGCUAUUAUGAACUGUAUAUGGCUAUAACAGAUGAGUUACGUCACUUAGAACUAUAUUUAUUGGAAGAGUUCCAAAAGGGCAGGAAGGUGGCUGAUUUGUAUGAACUGGUGCAAUACGCUGGUAACAUUGUACCUCGCCUUUAUUUGUUGAUUACGGUCGGAUUGGUGUAUAUCAAGACUAAUACAAACCUCCGAAGAGAUCUAUUAAAGGAUUUAGUUGAAAUGUGUCGUGGUGUACAACAUCCUUUAAGAGGAUUGUUUCUGAGGAAUUACUUGCUACAAUGUACUCGGAAUGUACUCCCUGAUACUAUGGAGGCACAAAAUGAUAAUGAAGGAACUGUGCGUGACGCGAUCGAUUUUGUAUUAAUGAAUUUCGCUGAGAUGAAUAAGCUAUGGGUUCGAAUGCAACAUCAGGGACACUCGAGGGACAAGGAGCGUCGUGAACGUGAACGGUCUGAACUUCGUAUCCUGGUGGGCACGAACCUGGUGCGUCUGUCGCAGCUGGAGUCUGUCAGUGUGGAGGAGUACGGGCGGCUGGUGCUGCCCGGCAUCCUGGAGCAGGUCGUCAGCUGCAGGGACGCGAUCGCCCAGGAGUACCUUAUGGAGUGUAUUAUACAGGUGUUUCCCGAUGAAUUUCACUUAGCAAAUCUGACACCAUUCCUCAAAUCAUGUGCUGAGUUACAGCCCGGAGUUAAUAUAAAGAAUAUUAUUAUUGCUUUAAUUGAACGUCUUGCUAGUUACAGUCAGAGGAAUGAAGGUAAUGUUAACCUCAGCGUUGUUCUAGAAGAUGGUAAAGAACAAGAAGUACAAUUAUUUGAAGUAUUCUCCGACCAAGUGGCAGCUAUCACACAGAGCCGCUCAGAUAUGGCGCCGGAGGAUAUGCUGAGUUUACAACUGGCUCUACUGAAGUUGGCACAGCGCUGUCACCCGGACAAACUGAAUUAUGUGGACAGAGUGCUCGCUCAUACAGACAAGAUAUGUGCUGAUAUACAUCAAGCUAGUGGUAAAUCUCACCUGGAACACAACACUCCAGUAUUCAAAGAACUUAUGAAAAUUCUGAAGUUACCCGCUGAUCACUACAAGAAUAUAUUAACGUUGAUCAAGUUGCAGAACUACGCACCUCUUAUAUCACAUCUGAAUCACCCCGGUAGACUGAUGAUAGCUGUACACCUGGUUAAUGAUGUACUGGAUACAGAUACAUUGAUAUCCACACCUGAAGAUGUGGAGUCUGUACUGUCCAUGCUCGAUGUCCUUGUCAAAGAUCAACCGGACCAGGUCACCUCGGAACUGGAUGUUGAAGACUUCAUGGAAGAACAAGGUUUACUGGCUCGGCUGAUCCAUCAUUUCAAGUCGGAUUCAGCUGAUCAGCAGUACUUGAUAUUAAGUGCUGCCAGGAAGGCGCUGCAAGGUGGCGGAGCGCGUCGCAUACAACAUACCUUCCCGCCAAUACUGUUCAAACAGAAAAAAAUGCAUUUCUCUUUGAAAACAAGACGCUGUAUGUUAUGCCACUUUGUAUUAUUUCAGGAUGAAAUGUGGGAGAAAAAAUGCCAGAAGAUAUUCCAAUUCUGCCAUCAGACUAUCAGCAUGUUAGUCAAAGCGGAACUAGCUGAGCUGCCGUUAAGGUUGUACCUGCAGGGUGCGCUGGCGGUGAGCGAGGCUGCGUUUGCGGGACACGAGACUAUUGCAUACGAGUUUCUCUCGCAAGCAUUCUCGUUGUACGAGGACGAGGUGUCUGAUAGUAAAGCCCAGCUUGCCGCCAUCACGCUUAUUAUAGCUACCUUCGAACAGAUUAAUUGUUUCGGUUCAGAGAACGCGGAGCCGAUGCGCACGCAAUGCGCGCUCGCCGCCAGCAAACUGCUCAAGAAGCCCGACCAGAGCCGAGCGGUCGCGCUCUGCGCACAUCUCUUCUGGAAAGGAGCUAAAGAUGGCAAACAGUGGGCAUUAAAUGAUGCAUCUCGAGCGCUCGAUUGCUUGAAGAAAGCAGCACGUGUAGCACAGCAGUGUAUGGACGGCGGCGUGCAGGCGCAGCUGCUGGCGGAGCUGCUGGGCCGGUACGCGCUGCUGAGAGAGCGCGGCAACGCCAGCCUCACCACAGCGCUCAUUGACGCAGUGAUCCAGAAGAUCAGAGAAGAGCUCGCCAACCUGGACCAGUCCGAGGAGGUGGAGCAGAUCACGAAGCACUUCCACAACACGCUGCAGCACCUUAAGAACCGCAUGGAAUGCCCCGACCCUGAUGGACUAGGUUACGAGGGUCUGGUUCUGUCCUAGGUCUAAUUUUACCUUAACUAGAACGGCCCUAGAUCUAAUUCUAUACUGGUACCAUCCUAGGUCUAGCAAUAUAGCACUAAUGUCUUUCUGAAACAUACUAUUUUUUAUUUAAAAAAAAAUGUAAAAUUUAUGAAAUUAAUUACUAAUAUUGUUUUGUAAUUUUUUAAUAAUUGACAGUCUUGUAAUAUUUAUGUUUUAAGAACACAUUCCUAUUCUAGUUUUGUCCUAGGUCGUAAAAAUAUGACCUAGGCCUGACUUAUUUAGGUCAUGAAAAAUGUGACAAGUAAAU